AUGGCUUUAAACAUGGACAAGAAGGGUAAUAAUUUUCUAAGCGAAGAAUACUGUUUUUUUGACGGAAAACAUAAAAGGUGCAAGGGUUUCAUAACUCUUACAGCAAGUGUGUACCAUCCGCUCUUGCGUAAGCAAAUUGCCCUUGCCACAAUGGAGACAGAAUCUGAAAAUAAAGAAACCAUCACUCUAUUUUGGACCCUUUUCAAUGAGGUACUUCAAAAAGUGUCCGGAAAUAGUUCAAAAAUAUUCAAUCCUCUUGGAUGGUGCACGGAUAUGGCAGGCGCGAACAUGGCAGGUCUAAUCAACGUGUUUGGUGAGGACUGCAAACAACGCAUAAAAUCUUGUGAAUUUCACUUCAAAGACCAUCGAAACAAAAUGUCAAAAAAGUUGGAUUCCGAAAGCUCUGAGAUAUUUAAGUCUAUUUGUAACUCGCUUCUAGAAAGUACAACAUCCUCUGCUUACGAUGAAGCUAAAAGUAAAAUGGACGAUUUUAUAAAUGAAAAAAAGGAAAGGGAGUUCUUGACAUCCUGGAUUUCUUGGUGGAAUGACAGGCGUGGUUUUAUUUUUCGGGCAUUUGCGCCUAAACAAGCUCCUCAAAUGAACCAAGCGGAGGUAAUACAUGCCGGAUGGGCUCACAGAGACUUGCCAAAUCUUUCCUUGUUGGAUGGAUGCCAGGCAGACGUCAGGGAUGCGGUAACAUUAGACGUAGAAAUUGAAGCAUAUGAGCGCGGUACUGCAUCUGGAGGGACAGGUCCAUCUCACUCUGAUCGCCAGCGAAAGAAACAUAACGAGCAACUAAAAAGGGCAAAGAAAUUAGGUAAAGAUAUGUUCCCUAAAAAUAAGGGUGAGGAUGGUCGUAAAAUUGAUCCAAAGUCAGCACAUCGACCUCAGAAAAAAUGUUCAUCGAAACAGAAUAAAGGAAACCGGACAAAUGAAACGGUAGAAAAACCAACAUCGCCAGCCAUAACAGUAACCCGUCCAUCCGGAGGGUCUUUUCAACCUGUCCUACCUCAAAUUCAGCAUAAUUUGACUCCCUCAAGUACAUCGUGUUCCUCAUACUCGACGCAAGUAAUCCCAACAACUGGCCGGAGUGCAAUUGCUGCAGUGUCAACUGCGCCAAUGCUUGGAACUAAUCCUUGUUCAGUGCGUUCUGUGGUACCUAUGAACUUAUCACAACUGUUUCAAGCUAGCGUACCUGGUAUGUCGAACCAAACCUUGAUGUCAAAUACAAAUGUUAGUGUCCAGUCUCUUCCAUGGCACUCUGGAAUGUCACCACAUCCGUAUGAACUGGUGCCUUUACCAUCUAGAGCACAAAAAUGCUAUGGGUGUGGAAGCGUAUUCACGGAUGAUUAUCGUUUGCCUCCUCACAACCUCGUGGUCAGACAUGUUGACCGACGCGUGAUACGAAGAGAUGAGAAAACUCAGCAGCUUGUUUACGGGAUGGACUUUGGCAACACAUAUUACCACCCAGAUAUCACCCACAUAAAACGAAAGAAUCCACUUUAUUCCGGUCUGGUCCACCUUUCGUCAAACCUGUACAAUUCUUUGGACCCUCUGACAAAACACGUGGUAAAUUCAUACGGGUUGAAAAUAACAAUGAUGUAA